CCACAGAGGCGGCUGUGGACCCUCCCCAACCGACACUGCAAAUUCUAGAAAUUUCGGGAUGGUGGCGGCCAGGAAGCAGGUCUGCAAUGGCUCCACCCCUGGGAGGGCACAGGAGGGUGCUGGCCCAGCCCUGAGAGGGCCCCAGGAACCGUGGCAGCACAAAGGAGACAGAGCCCAGCACGUCUACACCAUGUCCUGGACUCCUGCCCUGCUGGUACUCCUCGCUCACUGCAUAGGCUGUGGCUCCCAGCCAGUGCUGAGCCAGCCGCCAUCUGUGUCCUCCUCCCUCGGAACCACAAUCCACCUGCCUUGCACCUUGAACGGAGACCAUGACGUCAACGUUUACAGCAUCUACUGGUACCAGCAGAGGCCCGGUCACCCUCCCAGAUUCGUGCUGAGAUAUUUCUCCCACUCAGACAAUGACCAGGGCCCCAAGAUCCCCCCUCGCUUCUCCGGAUCCAAAGAUGUGGCCAAGAACACGGGGUAUUUGAACAUCGCAGAGCUGCAGCCUGAGGACGAGGCGAUGUAUUACUGUGCGGUGGGGGCCCAGGGCAUGGAAAAGGUGAGGGUGAUGAGGAGGGAAGAAAAGGAGCCUGCUGCUCCAGGGUCCCAGGCACCCCAAGACUCACAUACCGUGAUCUAAAGACAGACGGGCACACAUCCUUAGGGAGAGGCGCGUGUGGGCAAGGAGGGCCGCGGCCAUGAGCUUCACAGGGCUGAGGAGAAGAGUCCUGGCUCAGCUUUUUCUUGUUUGGCAGCUUUGCUGAAACCCUGCAAAUUCUUAUUGUCCCCCUCCCCUCUGCCCCCAGAAGGCCAGAUUGGGGGAAUUAAACUCACUUGUGUCUUGCA